CUGCCUUUUACCGGGGCUGAAUAUGACGGAGUGGUGGAACUACUCCCGGUCGGUCGGGAACAUUGCAUCAAACAAAUCUGUGCUAAUCGCAGAAAACGUAAUUUUAUAAACCUGGUGGAUAAACCAAGAUAGUGUCUCAAUCUCUGUCUUAAGCUGUUUGCUGGGCCAUCUUUUGCCUGGAAGAAGCAUCCUCAGAUAACGACAGUGCGCUCCUUCUAUCUAGGCAGCGCAUAACAGUAUGAAGGUACACUUUUAACCUUAGUUUGGACAUGCCCAGGCUUAUCAACAGUACCUUGUCUAGAUUUGCUAAAGAAAAAACGUUGUCUGGACAUGACAACGAUAAGUCUGGGCAUGUCUAAACGAAUGUUAUAAGUGUAGCUGCAGGGCGCUUACUCCAUACUGCCACGCGCUGUCUAGAUAGAAGGACCCAGGACGCUUCUUUCCUCAAAGCAAAAGAUGGCAAGUCCGACAAAACAGCCCAAGAUCGAGACUGAGACGCUAUCUGGAUUCAUCCACCAGGUUUCCCCGAUUAAAUUUUCUGCAACCAGCUCCGAGUUCUUUAAUGCAGUGAUCCAGACCGACCGGGAGGAAUUCCACGACGCCGUCGUAUUCAGCCCGGGUAAAAGGCAGAGGUUUCUGCAAGCGCAACAGAACGGGACCCCUUUGCGCUUAACAAACGUCAGGAAAACCCUAAGUUUGAAGGGAACAUCGGACUACGACGUCCUGCUAAACUACAAAACAGACGUGACGGUGACCACUGUGCCGUUCGCCGCAAGACAUCCCCCCGCGGAUGAAAAAACAACCCUGCGUGAAGUUAGUGCGAUGCCUGCUGGGAAAACGGUCAGCCUAGUUGAAUGCAAGGUGUUCAGUGUCAGCCCAUCCUCUUCUACAGUGAAGGUACGAGGUACAGACCGGGAGGUGAGGAGCUGCCGCAUUUCGGACGGCACAGCGGAACUUCAGCUGCAGCUCUGGGAGAAGCAUAUUGAGAAGGUACAGAAUUUGAAGUCCUACGCCUUCUCUCGCCUGUCUACGCGGGUCUUCAACGGGAAAGUCCAACUCACCACCACAUUAGCCACUGAGUGCACAGUUGUGGCAGACCUUCCGGUGUCCGAGGCGUCCGGUAGCUCCGAGGAUGCCCAGCUGAUGUCAGUAGCUGGAGCUAUUCUAGCACUGGAAAUCAGAGCUACCAUGAAGUGCCCACAGUGCGGCAGUAGACAGGACACUUUUAAAGACUCUACCAAGUUCCACCGGUGUCAGAACUGCCGCAUGAUGCAGAAGGGGAAUAUGUUUCUCAGGCUGCUCUCGGGAACAAUUAAGGUCGCAGGGCAGCAGGAGCGGCAUACGCUGUCUGUCAGCAAUCGGGCACUGGAAGCUUAUAUCAAGCGCUACAACCUCCAGAGCUUGCUAAACGUAGAGGAAAUCGAGGAGCACUUCCUUGAACAAUCUCAGAUCUCAGUGUCGUUUGACAAUGAGCUUCGGGUGAUUGAGUUGCUACAGCCUGACACAGAGGCUCUCUGCGCAGCAGAGGAAGAGGCCACGGCCGGUGAGUUUAGCAGCGCGGAGUAA